AUGGUGGUCGGUGCUUUUCCUCUCGCAAAGCUCUUGUACCUCGGCGUGAGGCAGAUGAGCAAGCCUGUAGCGAACAGGAUCAAAGCCGGAGCGCGGAGAAGUGAAUUCUUUAAAAACUACGUCUGCCUUCCGCCCGCUCAACUGUACCAUUGGAUUGAGAUGCGAACAAAAAUGCGCAUCAUGGGAUUUCGAGGGGCAACUAUUAAACCAUUGAAUGAGGACGCGGCCGCUGAACUUGGUGCGGAGUUACUGGGAGAAACGGUGGUCUUUCUUAUUGGAGGUGGUUGUAUGGUACUUGAAUACAGCAGACAAGCUGCUAACUCACGGCGCAAAGAGGACGAGCUGAAUGCUACAAUCACAAGCUUACAGACUCAAAUUGCAGAACUGGCGUUGACCACAGAGACACUAGAUGCUCAAUUACGAGAGUUCAACAGACAAAUUUUGUCUUUUCCCCUCCCUUCAAAAAAGUGA